AUGAUUUUGUUCUCCUCCAGCCGUGGCCGGCUGGCCUGGGGACCCCUGUUUGUGCUGACCCUGUGGGCAACGACACGAGGGGUCAGUUCAGCACAAAAGACAGCGUUCAACUCUCCCCAUUUUGCUGCUACAGUAAGCGAAGUGCGAAGGCAUGACGGGUUCGAGGAGCUUCCCAUCGUGUCUUUGGGGACAAGCGGAUCGCUCGGGAUCUUGAGUCCUGAAGACACAAAAGAACAACACAUCGAGUAUAUUGAUGACUUGAAUAAUAGCGACGAUGAAAAGUUUUCGGGGCUCCAGUUAGCAAACUCCCCAACCCCCCCGCCCGGUAGUCACUACAUCGACCCUAUUUUGCAAAAUGCCGAGAUACCUCUGGAUGUGCGGAACACCGCCCUCAAGAGCAAGGAAAUCCGCGCUUUGGGUCUUCUCUUGACGACUUUGAGAACGUUCAUCACAAAGUCUACACUCAGAAAUUUAUUUCUGGUUUUGUCGUCCUACUACAAGCUUUACUCAUUGUUCAAAGCUUGCGCCGUUGCCUAUGGCCUUGGAUUCCUCUUUAGCAAAGUUGACCAAGUUGCAGGACUUGCGAACCUUCUUGUCACAACUUUGACAAGCCUCUUCCUGGACAGUUGGAAGCACAACAUGUAUGCUAGACUCGUGUCGGACCUACGCCUACCGGAUACAGUGGAACAAAGCUUGUCUGCAUUUAUCCGAAAAGAGAAGCAAAACGUCGACAGCUACACCCACUCAACAGUCCUCGAGUCCGUCAAAAAAGCGAUGAUUAUGGUUGUAAGGGACAUUCUUGACCCUCAAAACGUAGGAGACAUAAUAGACCAAGCCCUGGUGCCUACGGAGCCGUCGGGUACCCAACUUAUUGAUUUUUCUACGGUCGACAUAAGCAUGGACAGCUUCAAGGCAAAACAUCCCUUUGUUUUUGUGGCUCACCAUAUGGAGACGCCCGUUCAUGUAUUUACUUCAGAGCUUCGAAGACCUGGCACCAAUUACUACAGAAUUUUGCGGUCCUUGCAAUCAAUUGCUCUUCCGAUAUUGCUUGGCCAGAGCACGAGCCAUUGGGAUUCAGUAAUUAGUCACCAGAUGCAACCUCUCAUGGUGGGAAUAGGCGUCAAAGCUCAGGACUUGGUAAUUUCGACGUUAAAAGAUCGGGCCCACAAGCUGCCUAACCUGUUGGAGUGGGUAAACCGAGAUGUGGACUACAGAGCACUCGUCGCAACUGACUGGCAGCCUUUGAUUGGCGCUUUGAGCAACUGGGAAGCAAAAGACGAUAUGUACUCUUCACAUGGGCUAGACUGGAGAAAUGCUGCCAGAAUGAAGCAGAUGUACCUUUUUUUCCUACAGCAAGCAGCUCAAAUAUCCUUUCUUCAAAGGGGGAUAGAUGAGCCUGUCAUUCAACCAGGAAAAUCCAGUUGCAUGAGCCAGUUCGUUGCUCGUUUGCAGUCCACGGGAAGCCCGCGCUUGAAGGCUAUGCUGGACCGUGUCAAUCUGCCCGAAUCCUUCUUAACGUGGGAACUAGUCAACCAAUGCUUUAUCAAGGGGAGGGAAAGCGACUGCAGCAAACUGCCACUGUAUUUCACCUCGUUACAGGGGAACAGGUUAAUUCUGUCAGUCAGCGAUAUGGCCGUGCCAGUCGAAUUUGAACUACGCGAACCGCCGAACCCUAAAACUGCGGAAAUUCUUCACUCCUUCCCUAGGACUGUACGCCAGAUGCGAUCACCAUUUGGCUAUGCAGGGAAAGAGCGACUUGUCUCUUCUCAACCGGCAGGCCUUUUUGCCGGAAUUUGGAGGGGUAUGGUGACGAGGACGAAGGAGCUCCUGUCUCCAUUCUUGACCCUCAUUACUCUAGCCCGACAAGCUUGGGGUCGUCUCAUCCGCCGGCUCAAGAAAUCCCACGGUCCCAAGAUAUCUAUGAAGAUAAAGGCUUUUAAGGAGACACCCGAGUUCUUAACAAUAAUAUUGCAGGCCAAAAGUAAAGUCGUCAAACUUGUGGGGAGACCCCUUCAUAUGCUGCAACGAAUCGAUGCUUUUCAGUGCGAGGCUGCGAAGCAAAUGAAGUCGUAUUUGAAUUAUUUCCAAGAGGACGAAAAUGCGAAUGUCGUGGGUACGAUCCUUGAACGCUUCAGUAAUGGGGAAAGCUUCCAGCUAACGACGGCUGGAGGCAUGCAAGGAACCAUUAAUUUCCUUAGAGAGUGGUAUCUCACCAAGAAGCUCCUACGAUCAGCUUACCCAGAAGCAAGAGACUUGGAUAUUCAACAGGACAUCUCCGAAUGGCAUAAUCCAAGCCGCAGGAACCUCGAGGAAAUGUUGAGGCUACACGGCGUCGACGGAAAGCCUUUCAAGGAAUCGUGGACGGUCAUUCUCAACUGCACUGAGUCAGCAGAGAACGUUCGGUGGGAAGUUUUGGACCUUGAUGUGGUAAAUCAAGAGCAUAUGGUUGUAAAACAGUACGUGCAAGACUUUGGAGAACUGGCAACGUUGGCAUCGGCGGUGGGGAAGGAGUUAAGCCUGGCAGCGGGCGUCGAUCAUGUGUUGAGAAGGAUGCAGGAAACUUUCUUUGACUACGCAUACAAACGAACGCUGUACAUUGAGAGCCCAGGCGCCUUCCUUCAACAACUAAUUGACUCUGGCUCACAGCAGAUCGCGCAUGAAUUUGAGCACUGGCUGCUGGAGCGACUUCAAGGCAACUCACGGAGCAAAAGGUGCAGGCCUGGCUCAUUCUAUGGAAGAGCAUACGCACAGUACGAAGCCUUAGUAGAUUACUACGAGAAGAAAGAUCUUGAGGCUCCCGUUCCUGAUCUCGAAGAAGUCAAACGCUUCCUUCUUACUGCAAGUGUGCCCAAGGGUCAUUUGGUGCGCAUCCCUCCUGAAGAAGACAACCAGCACAGUGGCAUAUACAAAAUGGUUGAGCGCCUAGAUCGCUGCACGUUUCUCCUUGAAGACGCCAACCGUUUCCAGCUCGCCACCGAUGCUAGCCUUCACAUAGUCCGAAAGUUCGAGGACGGAGACCAAAUUUCCCACCAGUACUUACAACGCCGGCAAUAUAAAAUUACUGCAAAGGAUUUGACUACGGGGGUUUGCAAAGUCACAGAUAGGCACGCCUUUGAUUUUGAAUUGCACCCGGAAGAAACAACACCAAUAACCAUUGGCCAAUUCGCUUUCCAAGGCAACAAGCUCCCAGAGGGUACAUGGACUCUGGCCGACCCAAAAGCAGCUUACAGUACUGUUGUCGAGCUGAAUACCGAUUAUCUGACAGACUUCGAAGUCGAACAGAGCAUUGUCCAAGACUGCUACACAGGCGUUGCCUGCGUCAUCAGAGACGAACGUGACUUACCCGUUGUGGUACACUAUGCCAUUCCAGAAUUAGCAACAUCCGCGUGGACAGGUCCGUGGCUGUGGCUGUUCCUCAACGGCCUGCACGCCGAAUACCUCAGCAUUAUCUCAAGCCAGCAAAUCGUCAAGUCAGUGGAGGAAAGGUUUUGGACUCAGCGCACAAUCAAUGAGCUUGCAAGCUACUGUUGGGAUCUUCCAGACGAAGUAAGCCUAUCGCUUGAUCGGAAGUUCUUGAACCCCAGUUCUCCAAGUCGUUUGUCUAGGGCCUUGGCGCUGGGUGCAUCGAGCGGCAGCGAACUUAAUUCAACCAGCUCUGGACAACUGCCAUUUUUCCAACAGACUGAACAGAUAGUCUCCAAAACGGCAUACGCAGCCUACGCACUUCGGAAAGAAAGGGAGGAAGCAGCGAUUUCUGGAGUUAAGCAGCACUUUAGAGCCAGGACGUGUGGCAGCCGUUGCGCAGCUUGGUGGCUAAAGGCAAAUGAGCUCAAGUCCAUGGUGAAACGAUUUUCGGAAGCAGGGCAAGCACCCAUGACCCCUCAACAUGAGCAGUUUAUUCUUACCAACGCCCUUUACGCCACCCCUUUAGGGGAAUACUGGAUAAGCCGCAUAUGCACAUUUCAAAAUAGCUUCCGAAAACUCUUCGCCCUCCUGCGUCUCCCGUACGAGCAAGAAAGUACGGUCCCUUGUUCAAAGGUGUCCGCCAUCAUAAUCUUGGCCACGAUAAUGAGUGACAUCACUCUCCUGAUCAGAAGGAGAGCAGUUACUACUGGAAAUGUCCGUAUGAAAAACAUGGAAAAACUAUUCAGUUUCCUCCAGCACAACGACGUCCCUGUUCCGUGCACCUAUGAAUUCCCUGAUGCGGCGGACCUACUACAGCCCAGCGUACCAGCAGAUUCCGAGGAAUGCAGGCAACGGGAUGCCGCUGCGAAUGCUUUCAUGCGUAUGAAGUCCCUUAAUGACUCUGCACACGUACAGGUAGAUGAUGUCAUCCAAGAAAUUCGAAGACGAUUCAUUCCGACGCUCUAUUCACGGCUUUCUCCGCGAUUUGUUUCAACAACUCCAGAAGAGUAUCGCCGUCAAGCAACUGACUUUAAAGAAGUUGAUGAAGAAGUCGAUGACUUAUUCGCUGCCCUACACCGUCCUUUUGCCGUUUGGGAAGGGACGUUCCAGCACAGGCAGCGAGAAGAAUUCCUUGAUAUUCGGAUGCAGCAGCAAUGUCCAUUCAGACCCCCACAACCCACGCGUCAUGCAAAGGAGAUCAUCCCUGGGGCUCACGUACAGCUAAUUCAGGGAUACUUCCCCUUUGGUUACAACGGCAAGUCAUCAGAGACCGCAUGGCCUCUACUUGGAUUGCUUCUGCGCCAAACAGUUUCGCUGCAGAGCGAUCCUGCAGGCACGUUUGAGCUACAAUGCGACACACUUAAAAAUCUUCGAUGGGGUCUUAAGACGCUAGGAUUGGGAAGCGGCGAGAAAACCAUUCAACAGGCAGUGCAACUGUUUCUGGAAGACGCAAACUUCGCUGAAGUUGCUUCCUUCUUGCCACCACCGGUGGAGGGGUGUGAUGCCUAUGCUGUUCCUGUUGGCUUCCUUCGUUUCCAAUCCGGCCAAACCCCCUAUUCUAUUCUCGUCACACCGAGUGGCGACGCUCUGUUUGGCAGCAUCUCUGAGCGAUUGGAGAAAUCCGGAGGGCAGAAAAGACCAAACUGGUCUCUUGUUGCCGUAAGAGUGUCUGAAGGAGUUCUCUAUGUAGAAGAUGCAAUUUCCGGAGAAAUUCGCAGAUUCGACGAACCAGGAGGCAAGUUCACACCAGACGAGGCCGAGUUAUCUUACAAUGAACGGCAGCUGGCGAUGCCUGAACUUGAUCCUGAAUCACCUGCAAGAUGGCGUAAUGUCGUCACACGGCACGUGGAUGGCGUUCUCAACCAACCCGGCAGCAACGCGGAAUGUCAGGCCCAACGAAAUUACUUUAUCCGGGAGGUCAUGAAGGCUCUGUCCCACAAUACGCCGAUACGAGCUGGCGACAAAGCUUGGCGCGGCAGCAGCCUCGUUGUUGUUGAAAAAAUUGACGCUGGCAUUACGUUUGUGAGGCCUGCUGCAAUCGUUGGACAGCCGCAGUCUGCUGAAGCUACGACAGAGCCGUUAUUUGCUGCUGAGAAACUCACCAUUGGAGACUCCGUCGUGGCUUCUGAAGGUUUUUUGGCCUACGAUUUGCUCGAUAUCGCCCCCAUUGGAUCGGUGGGCUGCGUGUCAAGGCUACGCCGGAAGGACUCUGGCGAAACUGCCCUAUCACGCAAGCCUCUAUUUAGGCUGAACGGGUUCCAAGAAGGCGAACUUGUUCGAAAGUCAUCAAGCAUUGAAGUGUACGAAUAUAUGGGAACUUGUGGCAAUACCUACGCGCUCAGAAGCUUCGUCACGCGCGAAAUGGAAUGGACAUAUGAAGAUCUGAUGCCGCUUUGGGGGCAACUUGGCAGAGCGUACCCGCAGAAGGAGUUGUACAUGAGCUUGGUCUUGUUCUUGAAAGAAUUCCACAGGACGGAAUGUUCCCAAAUAAGUCGAAUCCAAUUUAAAAAGGUCUUAACUAUACUCGAAAAUUACAACAAAAUAUCGGUCUCUGAUAAGGAGUCUCUACAGACCACGUUUGAGCACCGGGCGAACAAAGAGUCGUUCUACGAGGCAGUGCAGGGAGUGCAAAAGCUUGCAUCAGACUUGCAAGCAGAUCUCCAGAGCAGAAUAAGCCCAAGCUCUCCUACAGAUAUCCGUAAGGAGAUGCUGUUCGCUUGGGGAAAUGCAAGCAUUGCCGCACUGGAGGCAAUGUGGAGGGGUCGAAGCCUCUGGCGAAUGCUCCACAAGAUCCAUCAGCAGGGACUGGCAGGAUUCUUUACAGAGAUCAAUACCUUGCCACAGCGCCCAGAUCUCUUAGCAGCAGUCAAUUCCAUCAAGGCUGACAAUUUGCGGGAGCUGGGACAAAAGGCAAUAAAUGACUACGUUCCUGCGUCGGGCGCAUCAUUGUUACUGCCCUCUAUCACUGAUGCAGUAGACCAGAGAACCUUCCAAAGCUCAGUCAACGAGGAAGCUCAACCCACGUUAAGCAACUUUCUUAACUUCGUCGGAGAAAGUGUUAUUCCCAGGAGAGCCCUCACCACUUUACUGUCGUCCACUUCCAAGGAAAAGGCACUAAAGUUGUGGGAAGACUACAGCACAACGAUCGCCCGCCGACUGGACGAUUUUGCUGUACAACAAAAUGCCCUUGACGGAUAUAGGAAAAGCCUUCAGUCCAGGGAUUCAGUUCUUCCUCAAAGCAGUCUGAAUUCCACGUGGACAGAUAAAAUAAUGUUAAAGCUAGCUGAAGUAAUUGGAUCCUUGAUGCGACAAGAACUGGGGAACAAACUCCCCGCUCAAAAGAUCAAAAGCACAUUGCAACCAGUAAUCCUCCAAGAACUUGUGGAAGUUAGUGAUCUGUCAUUCAGUAGCGACAGUGAUAAAGAGAGAGUCUUCGGGAAACUUUCGGAAACUCUGGCUGACCAAAUAUCCCAUUUGUACCAAAUCCAAAAUCCAGGGAGGGUUCCACGAGGGGAAGUGCUUCUGGAUGUAUUUUCGCUACUCGAAGUAGAUGGGAGUGAAGUUAGAGAGCAUGAAGAACGCCUUCGUCACCAGUACUCUCAGCUCACCCAGAAAUACAUAGACCAACUCAUUUCCGCUGAAGUGAUUGGCAUCGAGGGCAUCAUUGACAUCAUUCGCCGACUAGAAAAUACACUAGGAACUUUAAUAACCCCGCUCAUAGAUCAGGCUCUUGGUCUUGUCAAGAAAGCCACACAGGUUAUUGCGCGGCCUCGGAAGAAGAAAGAACGAUUUCUUUUCGCCUUCGAUGCCCUUUCCGCGUCUCUUGACAGGAUCGAUACCUCCGUGACUCCAACAGGCAAGCACCAGAUAGGCAUACGCCAUUCCCUCUACGAAGAAGAGAGUGAACUUUUCCGUGCCCCAGUCACUCCAAAAGUUCCUGGUGCUGUGAAGCCCAUGAAGGACAUGGGAUCUCUGAAGCGUAUCUCCACUCGAUUCCUUGCCAUGGGGGCAGGCGCUGUCAGUACUGCCGGCUUCCAACUUCUAAGCAAAAUUACAGGCACUCCAAUCCCUGAUCACCUUGCAAAUGUCCUCCUAUUCUUCUGGACCCAAAUAAGGGCUGGAGUAUUCAACACAAGCCUUAAGAAUACUUUUAGUCUCUACAUCGGCCCGGCUGCAGCAGAAAACAUCAAGCUUGUCCAGAACUCAGUCUGGAUUUCAGGAGUGCAGCCUUGGGUUGACAGCUUGACUAUGCAGACGGCGGUUCUAGAGCGGUUGCUUGGUGAAAUCGAGGGCGGAGGGUCACUCAGUCGGGAUUGGUGGCGGGAGCUUCCGCUUCUUGUAUUUAUAAAACGCUCUUUAGACACGGUCCGCUCUUCCAUGUUUGAUCCCAGCAACUUGUACAGAAUAUGGUCCCAAAUCAAGUUCGCCACAAGCGCCCCUUCUGGCCUGUACACGGUGUUGAUGGCACCGGUGAAGGGCCUCGGUUCUUACUUGUACCUCCUCUUAAUCGAGCUCUUGAACGGGGUCCUGCCUGCCGAGAAUGGUGACUUUCUUGUGCCGCGAGAUCUUCUCGGAGAAGGGAACCCACGGACCGCCAUGCACAUAGCAGUGGCGAAUCCUGUGGAUCUCAUCAAGUAUCUACACCGUUUGUUUGACGUCUUACUGAAGGUGUACGUCCCCAUGUUCCAUGAGCUCUUCGACACUGGCAUCCAGCUGGUCCUCCAAAAGCUGGGACACCACAUCUCAAAAGACCAAGGGGUACUGGAAGUGUGGAGACUACUAAACCACAUUGCUGAUCACGACGUGGAUGGAGAGCUCGAAGAAAUUGUUCAAGAAUUGAUUUUUAGGGUUACCGACGAUGUACUGAGGCUGUGGCCUUCUAUGCCUAGCGGUUCUCCCCAGCCUUGGCGACAAAUGUAG